CUUUUAAAAACUGACAUGAAAGCUCAUCUGUGCAAUACUCACCAGAUGUCUGCAGAGAUGGCAGAAUUUUUCUUUCAUUUCUGCAUCCAAAUUAUGGGAGUGCUGUUUCUCUUCCUGCCUCUGCUGAGCUUUGCUGAUGGUGGAAGACUGCUUGUGGUGCCAAUGGAUGGAAGUCACUGGCUGAGCAUGCGGGCAGUGCUGGAUGAGCUCAGAGGGAGAGGGCACGAAAUAGUCAUUGUUGCACCUGAAAUAAAUGUGCACAUAAAAGUAUCAGAAUUAUAUAUGAAACUGUAUCCUGUUCCUUUCACACAGGAGGAGGUGGAUGAAUAUUGUCGAGCAAUUUCAUAUGAGGUUUUUGAGGAACUUCCUUUUCUAUUAAGAUUUACCAGAACAUAUGAGAAAAUGAAGAAGACCACAUCUCUAUUUUUAUCCACUUGUACAUAUUUAUUGAACAACAAAGAGUUGAUCAGAUACCUUGAAAAAAAUAGAUUUGAUGUUGUUUUUACAGAUCCCUUGAUCACUUGUGGGCAGAUAAUAGCUGAGUCUAUCCCUUCGGUGUUUUUCUCGCGUGGAAUUCCAUGUGGUUUAGACUAUGAGGCCACUCAGUGUCCAAAUCCCCCUUUGUAUAUCCCAAGGCUAUUUACAACAAAUACAGACCAUAUGACAUUUACCCAGCAUAUGAAGAAUAUAUUGUUUGGCUUGUCAGAGAAUUUCCUCUGCUAUUUUUUCUACUCCCCAGAAUUUGCAAUUCUGGCCUCUGACUAUCUUCAACGAGAGGUGACUAUGCCAAAGCUGUUAAGCAAUGUAUCUGUUUGGCUGAUGAGAUUAGACUUUGUGCUUGAUUAUCCCAGGCCGCUGAUGCCCAAUCUUGUUGUCAUUGGAGGUAUAAACUGUGCUCAAAAGAAAUCAUUAUCUCAGGCUAGUGAUGCCCAACAUGGUCUCCACUGGAAGCAUCAAUUAUGGUUAGAAGAAAAGCAUGGUCUCAGAAUAUGCCUGGCAUAUUUUCAGGGGGCUGAUGCCCAGAGUGUCCAUGAAUUUCAGUGGGAGUUGCAGAUUCUCAGUAUCCCUGCGACUGUUUAUAAUCCAUGUUUUGCGGAGGGCGGGAAGCUGUUGGUUAUGCCUCAAGAUGGAAGUCACUGGCUCAGCAUGCGUGUAGCAGUAGAAAAACUUGGACAGCGGGGACAUGACAUCGUUGUUGUAAUACCAGAAGCCACGCUGCUCCUGGGAACAUCGGAAUAUUAUACGACACGAACGCAUCCAGUGCCUUACACACAGGAAACAUUAGAUAAACAUUACCAGUCCAUAGGUCAAAAUGUUUUUCUUCAAUCUCCAUUUCUAGAAAAAAUUGCAACAAUAUACAGAAACAUGUCAACAGUUACCACCAUGUUCUCUUCUGCCUGUCGGCAAUUUUUAUAUAACAAAGAAUUAAUCAAAUACCUUGAGGACAGCAAGUUUGAUGCCAUCCUAAUGGAUCCUGUGUUACCCUGUGGACCAAUAAUAGCUGAAUAUUUGUCCCUCCCUUCUGUUUACUUCAUGCGUGGUCUUCCAUGUGGUUUAGACUUCAAAGCUACUCAAUGUCCAAAUCCUGUCUCUUACAUCCCAAGAAUUUUUACAACCUAUUCAGACCACAUGACAUUUACCGAGCGUGUGAAGAACCUAUUAAUUGAUUCUUCAGAAAAUUUAUUUUGUUACCUAUUUUAUUCAAAACAUGAGGAACUGGCUUCAGAGUUUCUUCAAAGAGAGGUAACCGUCCUGGAACUGUUCAGCAAGGCAUCAGUUUGGCUGAUGAGAUAUGAUUUUGUGUUUGAGUAUCCCAGACCACUCAUGCCAAAUAUGAUCUUCAUUGGAGGCAUAAACUGUGAGCAGAAGAAACCAUUAUCAGAGCAAUUUGAAGCCAUUGUGAAUGCCUCUGGAGAACAUGGCAUUGUUGUCUUUUCUUUGGGCUCAAUGGUCUCAGAGAUUCCAAUGAAGAAAGCCAUGGAAAUUGCCGAAGCCUUGGGGAAAGUACCUCAAACAGUUAUCUGGAGGUACACUGGAGAAGCACCACCCAACCUUUCAAAGAACACAAAACUAGUCAAGUGGCUGCCACAGAAUGAUCUACUUGCUCAUCCGAAAACCCGUGCCUUUAUCACUCAUGGAGGCUCACACGGGGUCUAUGAGGGAAUAUGUAAUGGCGUGCCAAUGGUGCUAAUGCCCCUGUUUGGAGACCAGAUGGAUAAUGCUAUGCGGGUGGAAUCACGGGGUGCAGGAGUGACACUGAAUAUUCUUGAAAUGACUUCUAAGGACAUAGCUGAUGCACUGAAUACAGUAAUUAAUGAUAUAAGAUACAAGGAAAAUAUCAUGCGUCUUUCUGCCCUUCAUCUAGACAGGCCUGUGCACCCUCUUGACUUGGCAGUGCACUGGGUUGAAUUUGUGAUGAGACACAAGGGGGCACCACAUUUGCGGCCUGCAGCCCACGACCUCAACUGGAUUCAGUACCACUCUCUGGAUGUUAUUGCUUUCCUCCUGGCAGUGGUGCUCAUUACCACAUUCAUAUCUUUCGAAUGUUGCCUAUUCUGCUGUAGGAAAUGUUUCUGUAAAAAAGGAAGAGACAAGUCAAGCAAAUCAAAGAUGCAGUAAUACAUGAGGUCAGAAGCAGGGGAUGGGGUCUGCUCCAGAGCUUAGAGACUGGAAAGCAUCCUAGAUCUCAUUCUCAGGAUAUCCAUUUCUGACUACCAGCUCAGUGAUAAUUUGGAACAUCCAUGUUUAAAUAAGCCACGGUGUUUGUUGUUUACUCUUGAUUGUCUCAAUUAAUUCAGAUUUUUUUUUAAAGCAUUGAACAUAUCAUUAAAGAUAAUUCAUACAAUAAUGUUCUUGUUUAGUGGGUAGGUUAUUAAGGGGAAGACAGAAUUUCUGGGCUCCAUUUCCUACUAUGCUGAUGACUAACUAGGUGACUUUGGGCAAGUGUCUGCUUUGUGCCUCAGUUUUCUUAUCUGGGCAAUGGACACAAACAGGGAAAGUGCAACUUCUAUUAGCCACAUAUAUGGUACCAAUCACUUUCCUGUGUGGGUAUCUGAGCCCAUAUAUUAACCAAACAAACAAUGAUUUUUGGAUUAAAGUUAUUACAUACGAAUGACAAGUAUACGUCAGUGAUAUAUUUCAUCCGAACUGAGCUGGCAGCUCUAGUUCUUGGAGGAAGGGAAUGGCAUCGAUUCUCAAGCAACCACUAUGUGAAUAAUAUUUACAAUAUUCUGAGCAUGAACAAAGCUUCCAUUUGAAAGUGCUAUUGAGCCCCCACUGUCCCAGUGAAGCUUCACACCACAUGGAGUACUCUGCCUGGAGUGUUGAUGUCAGCUGAUUUGCUCUUUGUAAAUGAUAUUCUCUUAAAGAUGAAAAAUGACAAAUAAAUCCCAAAUUAUA